GAGGGGCUGAGAGGGGUUAGGGGCGGAAGAGACCAGCAGGACGGGACUGGGCUUCUCUGGUCCUGCAGAGAAGCAGAGGAGAAGGCUCCACCCUCUUGGAGGUGGACAGGGCGGGGCUCUGAGGACCAGGAAGACCCUCCCAAAGGAGGUUGGCGAGAAGCCGGAAGUUUUGGAGCUGCCAUCAGGCUGCCUGUCCUUCAAGUCGUCCUCCCUUACCGGGGAGCUCCUAUUGCUUUGUCUUCUGGAAACCAGAACCGAGCGUGCAUUUCCCAGGCUUCCAGUUCUCAGAGAAGAUGUGAUCUCUUAUUUAAGCAAAGGGAAGCAAUCUGGAUGCUGGACCAAGAAGGCCUGAGGAGCUGCUCUUCAGAGCAAGAGAUCAGACUUGAAAUGAAGGACACUACUGAGGAGAUAAGCCUUUCUGUGAUAGAACCUCACAACCCAAGAAUUAUAAGUCGCUGUAACUUUACUUGGAGAGAAAUCUGUGCUACACAUGAGAAAAUCCACACUGGCAAGAAACCUUAUGAAUGUAACCAGUGUGGAAAGGGUUUUAGAAAAAGGAGAGCUCUUACUGUACAUCAGAGAAUCCACUCUAAAGAGAAACCUUUUGAGUGUAACCAGUGCGGAAAGGGUUUUAUAAAAAGACAAACUCUUACUGAACAUCAGAGAAUCCACACUGGGGAGAAACCUUAUGAAUGUAAUGAAUGUGGAAAGGCUUUUAGACAAAGGGGAACCCUUACAGUACAUCAGAGAACCCACACUGGAGAGAAACUUUAUGAAUGUAACCAGUGUGGAAAGGCUUUUAUACAAAAGGGAGAUCUUACUGUACAUCAGAGAAUCCACACUGGAGAGAAGCCUUAUGAAUGUAUCCAAUGUGGAAAGACUUUUAUAAGAAGAGUUUCUCUUAUUGUACAUCAGAAAAUCCACAGUGGGGAAAAACCUUAUGAAUGUAAUCAAUGUGGAAAGACUUUUAGUUAUAAGGGAAAUCUUACUGAACAUCAGAGAAUCCACAUUGGGGAAAAACCUUAUGAAUGUUACCAGUGUGGAAAGACUUUUAUACAAAGAGAGUCUCUUACUGAACAUCAGAGAAUCCACAGUGGGGAGAAGCCUUAUGAAUGUAACCAAUGUGGAAAGACUUUUAUACAAAGGCAAUCUCUUACUGAACAUCAGAGAAUCCACACUGGGGAGAAGCCUUAUGAAUGUAAUCAAUGUGGAAAGACUGUUAGAUAUAAGCGCAAUCUUAUUGUACAUCAGAGAAUCCACACUGGGGAAAAGCCUUACAAAUGUAAUAAAUGUGGAAAGACAUUUAGAUAUAAGCGAAAUGUUAUUGAACAUCAGAGAAUCCACACUGGGGAGAAACCUUAUGAAUGUAACCAAUGUGGAAAGGGUUUUAGGUUUAAGGGAAGUCUUAUUGGACAUCAGAUCAGCCACACUGGAGAGAAAUCUUAUGACUUGACAUUCAGGGAUGUGGCUGUGGACUUCACCCAGGAGGAAUGGGGCCUCUUGGACCCUCCUCAGAGGGAGUUGUACAAGGAGGUCAUGUUGGAGAAUGCCCGGAACCUGCUGUCUCUGGGGCUUCCAGUUUCCAGAGAAGAUAUGAUCUCUUAUUUUAAGCAAAGACAAAUACCCUGGAUGCUGGAACAAGAAGACCUGAGGACUUGCUCUCCAGAGCAAGAGAUCAGACUAGAAAUGAAGGACACUACCGAGGAGACAAACCUUUCUGUGGUAGAACCUCACAGGCCAAGAUCCAUAAGUCACUGUGACCUUACUUGGAGAGAAAUCUGUGCUAAACAUGAGAAAAUCCACACUGGGGAGAAAUCUUAUGAAUAUUACCAGCGUGGAAAGGGUUUCAGAAAAAGGGGAACCCUUACAGUACAUCAGAGAAUCCACACUGAAGAAAAACCUUAUGAGUGUAACCAGUGUGGAAAGGGUUUUACUGAAAGGAAAGCUCUUCAUGUACAUCAGGAAAUCCACACUGUGAGGAAACCUUAUGGAUGUAACCAGUGUGGAAAGACUUUCAGCAGUAAGGGAUAUUUUACUGUACAUCUGAGAAUUCAUACUGGAGAGAAACCUUUUGAAUGUAACCUAUGUGGAAAGGCUUUUACUGAAAGGAAAGUUCUUAAUGUACAUCAGAAAAUCCACACUGGAGAGAAACCUUAUGAAUGUAACCAAUGUGGAAAGGGUUUUACAGAAAGGAACGUUCUUACUGAACAUCAGAGAAUCCACACUGGGGAGAAACCUUAUGAAUGUAACCAUUGUGGAAAGACUUUUAGGCAAAAGUCACAUCUUACUAGACAUCAGAGAAUCCACACUGGAGAGAAACCUUAUGAAUGUAACCAAUGUGGGAAGGCUUUUAGGCAUAAGGAAGCUCUCACUGUACAUCAUAGAUUCCACAAAGGUGAGAAACCUUAUCAGUGUAACUUGUGUGGAAAGGCUUUUAGCAAAAAGACAAGUCUUACUGGACAUCAGAGAAUCCACACUGGAGAGAAACCUUAUGAAUGUAAGCAAUGUGGAAAGGGUUUUAUACAAAGGGAAUCUCUUAAUAGACAUCAGAGAAUCCACACUGGAGAAAAACCUUAUGAAUGUAAGCAGUGUGGAAAGGGUUUUAUAAAAAGAUAUUCUCUUACUGAACACCAGAGAAUUCACAGUGCAGAGAAACCUUAUGAAUGUAACCAAUGUGGAAAGACAUUUAUACAAAGGGAAUCUCUUACUGAUCAUCAGAGAAUCCACACUGGAGAGAAACCUUAUGAAUGUAACCAAUGUGGAGAGACUUAGAUUUAAGGGAAGUGGACAUCAGACAAGCCACACUGGAGAGAAAUAUUAUACAAUCCAUGCUGGGAGAAAGCUUAUGAAUGUAACCAAUGUGAAGAGACUUUUAGAUUUAAGGGAAGUUUUACUGGACAUCAGAGAAGCCAAGCUGGGGAGAAAUCUUAUGAAUGUAACCAUUGUGGAAAGACUUUUAGAUAUAAGCAAAGUCUUACUGGACAUCAGAGAAGCCACACUGGAGAGAAAUCUUAUGUAAGUAAUGAAAAUAGAAAGGCUUUUGGAAAAAAAAUCUGAUUGGUUCUUGCCAGAUUUGUGAGAUAAAGUAAAGGUAUUAAAAUAAGGAGGAAAAGGAAUUCAGGAGAACAUUGGAAGUGAUCAGUCUACAGAAGUCAGUCAGUUCUUGUGUAUGAGAAGGUCUUUCUCCUCCUGACUUGUAGGGUUUUGUGCUUAUGAAUUAAAUUGUUCAAUAUAACUGCUACUGGCUUUGGAGUCAGAAGCCAUGGGUUUGUUUUUGUUUGUUUUUCUGUCGGUGAUCUCUGAAUUCUUUCCCUUAUAAUUUCAGUUUUUCUCUAUUUAGAAGUUCUGACCAGUUCUCUUGGGUUGUUUUCUUCAUCCUUGUGUCCAUUUUCCUUUCAGUUAUGUCUUUCUGGAAGAUCCAUGAUACUUAGGGUGUCUACGUGCUUGUUGUCUUUGAAUUCAAUGUACUUUAUUUUAGGAAGGGACCAAAUUCUUUUGAAUACUUUUGUUUUUUACUUCACUUCUCCUAGGCUGAGUAUUUGCUUCUCUCAUUAUUGUGUCCUUUAUUUUUUUCUUUUGGGGAGGGUUGCCAUGACAGAUUCUAGGAUUUCUGUUCUCUUAGCCUGGCAGUUAACAAAAGAAAACAUAAAAAUUUUUUUCUCCCAUAGUAUGCUAUAAAUACUUUUUUGAAAAUUAAAUAAAUGUGGUAAUGACAAAAAGAACUGACCCUGACAAUCAAAAAUUUUUUGAGCUUUGAGCAAAUCGCUUUUUUGUGUUUCCAUUUCCUCCUGCAAAUUGAAGACUUUUGGAUUUUAUAUUUUUUAAAGUUUUUAUUUUCAAAUUAUAUGUAUAGUUUUCAACAUUCAUCUUUGCAAAACCUUGUGUUUCAAUUUUUUUUCUCUCUCCUUUUUCCCCACCCAUUCCCUUAGAUUGCAAGUAGUCCAACAUAUGUUAAACAUACAGUUCUUCUAUA